CUCUAUUACCAGUGUCGGAUAUCUCGUGCUCAACAUUGUCAAGAGUGAGAGUGAGCAGGCAGACUUCGUGGUCCAUAUAGACAACGACGACAUGGGAAAUGAACGAACCGCAAGGGGAGACCGAUCAGACUCAAGCAUAUGGCUAAUCUGCGUUUUAACAGCGGCCCUCAUCAUCACGGGUAUCUGCUGGAGGAUUCAUGUAUCACAGAUUCGUCAGGCUCAGAUCUGCUCGGACUCAAACAACACUCUGCUUUGGAGCACCUAUCCGGAAAUUUGCCACUUCUUUACCAGUAUCAGAGAGCAAUCCUGUUUGAAGGACUGGAUCUUUAACAAAGACAGGUGUUAUUACGUAUCCACAUUUAAAGCAUCUUUCGACAAAUCGAUGCAGGAAUGCUCAGGCCGGAAUUCAAGUCUUUUCGAAAUCAAUUCAGUGGAUGAAGUGAACGCUAUAUCCCACCUUCUUGUCGACCGAAAACGUGCAUACUGGAUUGGAAAAUGCGAAGACGGGGAAGCGGCCUCUGGUGUCCUGUAUCUCGUGACCAAUCGAACUACCGUCUGCACUCAUUGCAGACCGGACGGAGACAAAUACCCUUGCAAACGUAUUCGCAGUUUCGUCUGCGAGAAGUCGGCACCUUUGUACCCGGCGAUUCCUGAAAACAUCCAGGGACUCUGUCAACAGCCCGUGGGGGCAACAUGAAUGACGUGACUACCCCCUUUCUCUUUACCUCUUUUCCACUCUCCCUCCA